GCCGAACGAAGAUCCACUGUUCUAAAAAGUGAUGUGUCCGCCUAAUAUAAAGCAAUUUACUGGUAUUUCUUUCGGUCGACGCAACGACACUGUGAAAAAAAUGGGCGGUCGUGUUGCUGCACGUUAGAAGCGCUGCUGAAAGUUUGUUCGGUGCGCUGGUCACGCGGCGUGCGACAAGAAUCGAAAGAGGCCGCGAGUGACUCUGCCCUUCUGCACCGCCAACACAACUACCUACCGGGGCUGCAAUGUCGGACGCUGCGGGCUCGAGCAGCCAGCCGAGCGCCACGACUGGCAGCGGAGAUGGUGCUGCGUCGAGUAGCUCCUCGAGCCAAGUUCCACGCGAGACCCUGAUUGCGCUGAUCAAGAAAAAAGACAAGGAACUGAAGACGGUGGAGGCCAAGCUAGACAAAAUCGAGGACCGGUACGUAAAACUACUGCGCUUCAACAUAGGGAAGUGUCAGAAUCGAAAUUGACAAAGUCGAAAAACUUGUGAUGCAUAAAAUCGAUACCAGUUAGAUCCUCAGUUUGUUAGUGGCGCAUGACAAAUUUCGGCAGCACCCAAAUCCAGCCUGUCAUGCUGUUUGGGCAAAGAAGACUGCUCCUGUCAUGCUACUCUUGCAGCACAUUGCAUACCCCUAAACAGGCUCACAAUCGGUCUCAUUUGCCUGCUCCCCAAUACAGGCCUCAAGUGCCCUGCAUUUUAUGCGUCACAAAUUUUCCGACUUUGUCGAUUUCGAUCCUGACACAUCCAUACAACAAGAUAUUGCAUGAAGAUCGCGCAAGCUUUUUGCGGUUUUGCAAACUGCUGCUGCCGGAUCCCGAAACUGCGUUCGAAGAGGCGGCAGCGCAGGAGACGCCGGUACUAAGAGGCCCAAGAUCAUCAUGGAUCUACUCUGUGGUUUUGCUCUCUGGGUCGUUGCAUAAAUGCUUUAUUUUGCGACUGGUGCACAGGACAAAUUUCGUGUUCGUUCUGCUUCUGUCCGAAGAUCAUUUUGUUCUUGAAGUUGUGCUUGUUCCCUACAACUAUUGUUGUUCUAUCCCAGAUAAAUUUCGAGCUGCUUACGCCGGGGAUUGAGUCCUUGGAGGGGAAGGACCGCGAGCUGAACGUGUUACGCGACUUUGUGCGAUUGGUCUUUCCCAAUGAGGCCGAGCAGAUGCUUUCGGACCAGACGGCCACUCUGGAGGCGCAGCUCCGCGCGAAGUGGAUCAUGUUGGAGGAACUCCAGAACCGGUCGUUGCAGGAGGCCAACAUUGUAGCACAGCAGAACAUGCAGAACACGAACCAAAACGUGAAAGCGAUGGAGAGCCAGAACCGGUCCCUGAAGGCGGAAAACAAGGAUUUGCAGUUGCAAAUCCAAAACCUUCGGGCGCAGAACAACAACCGAGCGCAGCAGCUGACGAGCAAAAUGCAAUCCGGCGGCGCGGGAUCGUCCUCCAGUGGUGGUGCGACGGAUCAGGGAGCAGCGCCCGGUGUAGUUGCUUCUGGAGUCGACCAGGGGCGCGUGCGCGACCUCGAGCAGAGGAUUCAACAGCUGCAGCAGGAAAACUUGGCGCUCACGUCGAAGUGCGACCAGAUCGACGUACUUAUAGUAUGUUUACUCACCUUCCACGGGGCCAAAAUCUACUUUCACGCGUAAUAUCUUCUUAUGUGCUGGUGCCGGGAACGAAGAUGUUUUUAAACUGCCAGUAUUGAUGCUUUUUGUGCAUGCUAUGAAUUCUAAACCUUUCGCGAUGGAUACCUUAAAAACAGGGAUCGUACCGCGCGGAGCUAGAGCUCGGACAGCGCAUGCUACAGUCCGUGAAAAGCCAGCACGCCGAGGAAAAGCGCCAGUAUACCGAGCAGCUGAGCACAAAAGAGAAACAAAUGUCAAAGAUGGAGCAUGACAUCGCGAAAAUGGAAGAGGAGCUCGACACAAGCCGCAUGAUCACCAAGGCCGCAGAAUUGCAGGUUUGUGGUCGCAAUUAGUGUAUUGGCACGGGUUCAUCUUGUGAGAAGUGGAAAUUCUUUAUAGUACACAGUGAGCGUGGAUCCUUGUCUUUUUACAGCAAAAGAGCAACCGGUCGUGGAGUUCAAAUCAUAAAUAAAAACAAGCAAAAAUUAUCCCUACCCACCCACUUGUCAACAACAGGCCAACCGCGACCUGAUUCUCCGGGAGCAGGGCGAAGAGACGCGGAAGCUGCGGUUCCAGGUGCGGGAGAUGGAGCAGAAGAUGCGCAAGAACAACGACGAGCAGGUGGGCAUGAAGAAGAGGAUACGGGAGCUGGAGAUCAUGUCCGAUGCGAACGUGGACAAGGCCUACCUGCGCGAGGUGGUGUACAAGUACUGCGAGUACGCGCAGAAGGGCGACAUGAAGGCGCAGUCCCUGAUUCCCGCCGUGUGCACGGUGAUCGGGUGCUCGAACGUGGAGCGGGAGUCGUUGAUGAAGGCCGCCCUGCCCACCCCCUGGCUCGUGCUGAACCAGGCCAUUGGUACGUGGGCCGCGGCGGGCACGGGUGACGAAGGCGCGCCAGCCUCGAGUUCCUCGUCCACCGGGCCUAGGAAACGCGCGGCGGGGCCGAAACGCAUGUCCCAGCCGCCGACGCCAGCGGGAAAGCAAGGUAUAGAUUUCUAGAAUAGCUUGUUUCUCCAGUCUUCACACACGAUACAUCAUUGGGAUCUGGGUUCGAAAUGUUUUUGAUGGAAAAAGUAGGGACAAGCGCGGCUCCGCGGAUAAGCAAUGGCAAAUAGAUACUACACAAAAAUCCAGCUGCGGCGAAAGCGUCACGCAGUUCGGCGGGGAGCGGAAAUUUUGUGCCUCCGGAUCGAGGUGGAAGCGAUCGGGGGAAGCUGCCACCUGCUAUGGCUACCAGCAGGAACGAUGGCGCGUCGACAACAGCUUCCCAGGCUUCGGACAUAACGGUGGAAAGCCGAAGCACGUCGAAGGGACAGUCUGCGGUGAACAACAGUCCGAGCAAAACCCUGAUCAAGACGUCGGAAAGACGGCCGGAAAUUCGAAAGCCCCCUACCCCGGUCGAGAGAACCAAUGGCCCGCUGCUGCAAACAACAUGAUUUCGCAAAACAGCCAGAAGUUCUCGAAAGCACGAUUGCACGCUGAACAUCAGAAUCGAUUCGGUCACGCUGUUGUCUCGCAUUCGCGCUCCACCAACGCAUUGCAAUUGCAACGCUUGUUGCAACCAGAAAUUAC